GGUGGAUAGCACAGGCUUGGAUGUCGCAAUGCGCGGUUUGGUGCCAUCACUGACUUGUGUUGCGUUGUUUUGCCGUCUCCCUCGUGUUGUUUGGUUGUUUGGCUGCAGUAGCGCCUCUCUGCGUUCAUUCACCACCACCUUGUUCCUUCCUUCCUUCCUUGCUUCACUUCUCUCGCAUCGUCUCGUGUGUGCCAAGAUGAACUGUGCCGUCCUUGCUGUUGUGGCUUGCGUGGCUCUUGCCAUCGCCUCCCCCGUGCGCGCCAUCCCCACCUGGAGCGUUGUCGCCAAGGAUCUCCUCACCACCGAUCUCGGCAUUGCCUUCCCUGAGGCCAACACCGGCUACACCGCUGGUGACGCCAACGGCGCUGGCCCCGCCAUCCUCAAGAGCACCGACGGUGGCCACACCUGGAACCAGUGCAACGCCACCUUUGGCCCCGACCUGCUCCUCCUCGCCGCCACCGCCGCCAAGGACGCCAUUGUUGUCACCAGCAUCUUUGGCGAGCUGUACUCCGAUGACGAUGGCAACUCCUUCCACCUCUCCGUCGGCGGUGGCAUGUCCCAGAGCGCCCGCUACAUUGGCGUGAACGGCGACGGCGGCAAGCGCUUUGGCGUUGCCGGUACCUACCACGGCCGCCAGGGUGUCGCCAUCAGCGAGGACGGCGGCAAGCUCUUCAAGGCCUUCACCACCGACGAGCUCUUCACCUACUCCCGCUACGGCGCCUACCCCACGGACAGCACCUGGUACGUUGCCGCCGGCGAGUUCCCCAGCACCAACGCCACCGAGGCCGUGCGCCCAGACCUUCCCGCCCGCUACCGCCGCUCCGAGUUUAUGGCUGCCGACGGCCGCUUCCCCGCCUCGUACAACCGCACCGCCGACCCCAACGUCGCCGGCUACAAGGCCCAGAUUGUCAAGACCACCGACGGCGGCAACACCUGGUCCACCCUCUUCGCCCAGAACGACACCUUCUACUUCAACGGCAUCGACUGCAACCCCUCAGACCCCAACCACUGCUGCGCCGUGGGCGAGUCUGCCGAUGGUGCCGACGCCGGUGCCCGCAUCUACUGCACCUUUGACGGCCAGAACUUCAACCGCACCUUCUACGCCCCUUACACCCAGGCCAAGGGCUACUCCCUCAUCGAUUUCCGCUUCGCCAACGAGACCUUCGGUUGGGCCGUCGGCGGCACCCUCAACGCCAUUGCCCCCAGCGCAUGGUUUGUCGUCACCAACGACGGUGGCCGCACCUGGGACGCCCAGACCCACACCAUCCCCGGCUACUACGCCCUCGGCCUCGACGUUGUCAGCGAGAAGGUCGCAUACGCCGCCGUCGACAACCUCAUCACCCAGACCUCUGGCGUUGCCAAGUACUUUGCCCUCUAGACUACUAGCAACGCUUUUGCUGUAGCUGCACCCCCACUCACUUCCUUCCCUUGUUGAAAGGUCGUGUUCAUGCUUCUCCUCCCCAACAAACAAACAAACAAACAAAUCAACCAUCAACCAACUUCACCACCAACCUACCAACGACGUACCCUUUUCCUUUGUUCUUUUCUUACUUGACACCGCAAACACCCCAAGCUCCACUGCCAUGCUUGUGCGCUUGCCUUUCCUCUGUCUUCCUCUCUGUCCCUCUCUCGAGUUGCCUUGCAUGAGGGCGCAUGCUUGUGUGCCCACGUUGCCAAUACAACCACACCCCGUCAUGAUUGGCGAGUCACAAAAGCAUGGAAUGACUGUGGUCUGUGGCAUUAUGUGUGAUGACACACAACGUAACAUAACACAGGAUCUCAGACUUGACACGUCUUCCUGUUGUUUGAGACGGCAUGAUCAUAAUGAUG